AUGAAUUGGUGGUUUCUUGCACUCUGGACCACCCUGGUAAAGGGCUGGGUGGUCAAUGAGGGAACAACAUGCACUCUAUACCCCGAGUCCCUCAUCUACAAGGGCCAAGCGGUGGACGAUGCCCCAUCGAUUCAGCAAGCUUUUGAUUUGUGCGGCACGAAUGGCACUGUGAUCUUCUCGGAGAACCUGUUCCAUGUGAACUCCGUCUUGAACACAACCAACCUGCUGAACGUUGACGUGCACCUGCGCGGCGAACUGCGCUUCUCCAGCAACAUCCCCUACUGGAGAACUCACGCUAUCAGCGUCAUCUUGCAAGACCAGGUCACUGCCUGGCUCUUCGGGGGCACCAACGUCACCUUCCACGGCGAGGGUGGCUUCUACAACGGCAACGGCCAGGAGUGGUACAACGCCAACCGCAACCAGUCCAACCAGCCCGGCCGGCCCAUAAGUUUCACUGUCUAUGACUCGACCAACCUGCUCGUCGACAACCUGCGUGUCAUCGGACCUCAAUUCUGGGCGACGUUUGUCUGGGACAGCAAGAACGUCUCCUUCACAAACCUGUUCGUCAACGCCACCAGCGACAGCGAGUGGGGCACCAUGAACUGCGACGGCUACGACUCCUGGAAGAGCGACGACCUGCUCGUCGAAAACGCCACCAUCAUCACCGGCGACGAUUGCAUCGCCGCAAAGGGCAACACGACCAACCUCCUCGCCAAGAACAUCUACUGCGAGGGCGGCACCGGAGUCACCAUCGGCUCCAUCGGCCAGUACGCGGAAACCCCCGACUACAACAUGAACAUCACCUUCCAGAACGUCACGGUGAAGAACGCGAUGGACGGCGCCUACGUCAAGACCUGGCAGGGCUCGCGCACGUGGGUGCCCAGCAACGGCGACUACGGCGGCGGCGGCAGCGGUCUCGUCAAGAACGUGACCUUCAAGGACUUUGAGCUCAUCAACGUCGGCCUGCCCAUCCAGCUGUCCCAGUGUGUUUACUCCGAUAACUCGGACAAGGGGUGCAACACCUCCAAACUGGCCGUCGAGGACGUCAAGUGGCAGAACAUCCACGGAACGUCGCGCUUCAACAUCGCGGCUUCGGUGUACUGCUCCGAUGUGCACCCUUGUCCCGGCAUUGAGUUUGAGAACAUCAAUAUCACCAGUGUCAAUGCUUCGCUGGGCCUGCCUUACUAUGAUACUGAUGUCGACCAUCUGAUCUGGCAGUGCACGAACCUGCUUGAUCAGAAGCACACUGGUAUCCCUUGCAACCAGGCGGCUCCUAGCAACUUCAGUCAGUGGAUCUACAGUAAUGUGGAUCACACCGGUCUGGCUCGGUCGUCAGCUUAA